AGCGGUAGGAGAAGCGCUCUAGGCCAGUCUAUUAGUUGUAGGAACUGUGCGAUAGUUAGUAACUACUAUUACUACACUAAUAGUGACGCUGUGCUUGUGGCCAUCGCCUCGAGAACUAUUAUUGCUGAUACUACUGCUGUUUAGAUCAACAACAGUACUGCUGGUAUUGUCGUCACGGUCCGGUCUGCUACUGAUUCUUUUUCUCACUACUACAGCGACUUCGAUUGUUGAUGUAUCCUUAAGCGACCUUACUACCACAACAACUAUUACACUUCCAGUGCUGUCUCUUUCAUAAGUACCGGUGACUGUGCAGUGGAGUACCCGUCUAGCAAAUCACCAGUUCCCUUUGCCAUUUUACCUCGUCGUGAUCAUCACCCUGUCGUUUUACCUUGUCUGUAUCCGGCUCCUCCACUUCAACUUCAUCAUUCUUCGUUUCCUCACCACGCUACCACAAUUCCGACCAACUGUGGUAAAAACUUUGCCAGUAGAAGAGAUAGUAAUAAUACCAGAUCGUCCUCAGAUGAUAGUGUCGUCGCUGGUACGACUACGACACAAGUGCCUCGCCUCUGGAGACCGGCUUUCUGGAGCGUUGACUCGGAGAAGGGUGAUGCCAGAGCCAUAAAAGCCGACGUCUCACUGCCGCAGCAUACAACAAUAACAACACCAUCAAUAUCUUCAUCGUUCACACCACCCCAUUCUUUAUCACCAUUUGUGGCUAUAGCAACCGCGCCGGUUAAACAACCCUUAUUUACCUUUUUACCACCGCCACCGCUACCGCCUUUAUCAUCGAUAUCUUCGCCGUCGACGUCGUUGUUGUCAUCUUUUUCUGAUCGAAUCGGCACGGUGACAUGUCCGGCACGCUGGUGUUGUCGUUCGCUGUGUCCACCUGAUAAGGAGGUGACUGGCUUGUGUUUAACCAACAGCGCCAGUACCUCUCAUGCAAUGUCGGAUACCUGUGACUUGGUCGCUUCUUCUGACGCUUGGUCGUCUUGGCACCGUAGAGGGGAAAACUUUUACAAACCAUGCUGUGGACUGGAUGCCCGGGAAUCACCAAAUAAGGAGUUGCCUACUAAAGUUUUGAAACACGACAGAAUUAAGGAUCGUCAAGAUCUUUCACAGACAUUGAACUUUGACCGGGGUCAUACUGUUUUGCUGACAAACAAGAGGUGUGCUGGCACACAAACGCAAUUUUCUAGUUUUGAAUUCAGCCGUGAUGGCGAAGUAGUAAUGAUUGCUGAACCAUACCAUCAGUCACAUCAAUCACACCACCAUCAACAGCAACAGUCAACAUCUAUGGUCUCACAGUGUCUUUCUCAAUCUCUCGAUAUGGAUACUGAAAACCUUCCAUUAAAUCUCUCUGUCUCCAACAACAACAACAACAACAACAACAGUGGCGGUGGUAGUAGUAGCAAUAGUAUUAAUAAUAACAAUAACAACAACAACAACAGUAACACCAACAGCCAUCAUUAUCAUCACCACCACCACAGCAACAACAACAACAACAACUCCUCUCCAAUCCCUUCACCUGCCAAUUCCUCAGCACUGUCUACCCAACAGCAGCAGUUGCGUCCAUCUGUGAUAACUUGUGCCUUCGCCAAUAGAUAUACGAACAUGAAUACCUUUGUACAGCCACAUAGUCCAAGCCGUCGAGAACUUACAUCAGGUAUGUGUGAUCCAGAGGAGCAUUUUCGUCGGUCCUUAGGAAAGGACUAUAAGAAAUUAAAUCGCCAAUCUCCUGUUCCCAUGACUAGAACUAAGAUUACGGAUUCUGUGGCAUCAGUGAACAGCAGUGAUAACGAACCUGUUGGAACCUGUAGUGAGCGGCUUGUCCUAUUGACAACACAAGAAAACAGCCCAUCUGUCGACGACCACUUUGCAAGAUCACUAGGGAAUAGCACGUGGACGAAUUUGAAGUCUAAGACUGACGUAUUAAUCGAAUCAGUGGACGACCAUUUUGCAAAAGCACUCGGAGACACCUGGCAUCGAAUCAAAGCUGAGCAGGAGAACCACUGUAACUCAUCACGGUCGUCUUCACCCUUGCAGCUGCAAUCACAGCCGUCAUCACAGCAACAAACGCAGACAGCAGCGCAGCAGCAGCAGCAGACACCUCUUGUCUCAACAUAGUCUCGAGUUGAGUUGCUGCCUGUACGUCCAUCCAUCUGCUUGUGAACUGAAAUGCAUUGUUGACUAUUAUAAAGAACAAUUUUUAUGUGUGAAAUUGUGUGUGUGCAUGUAUAUGUGUGCAUGUAUAUAUAUAUAUAUACACACAGACACACACACACACAAAUACAUUUACCAACUACAGAAAUGUAGCAAUAUUGUAUAUAUAUAUAUAUCUAUGCAAGCGAUCUCUCUUUCUCUCAUAUAUGUCUCCCUCUCUCCUUCCUUCUCAGUUUCUCUCUUUUGCUCUUGAAAUACAUUCAGUACUUGAAUAUAUGAAUGAAGUUAUGGAAGGAAACAUUUUUGUGUUUUUGUGAGUGGUUUACUUGAGUGAAAAAAAAAAUGUCACUUCUGAUUCCCUUUCUCUUUCUCACUCUCUUUCUUUGUCCCUUUCUCUCUCUCUCUCUCUCUCUCUCUCUCUCUCUCUCCACACACACACAGACAUGCAUACACACAAACACACAAUUGUAGACGACAUCUAAAGGAGCACAUGUUCAAAAUGACAUCUUUUGUCAUUUGGCAUCUUUGAGAGACACAUGUGCAAAGUGGUAUUUGUUUCUGAUGUGUCAUCCAAGAGAUGACUGGAUGGGUGGAUAAACUGUACCUUGUGUUAAAGUUUUUCAUCUUCACACAAGACAAGUCUGCUUGAAGGGGUAGAGAGAUAGGUCAUCUCUAGAAGAUUCAAACUCAGCAUUUCAAGCCAUAGAUAAACGGACUCCUCCUGCCUCUGUUGUAAGAUUUGUCCAUUGACAGAGCUCGAACCAAGAGCACUUCUGAGAAUAGACUGACACCCAUCAAUUUAUCUCAAAGGUGUUUCUCAUUGAAAAAUUAUUAAUUGCCCCUCCCUGUUGAAAUGGUGGUUUUAAUUGACAUUUUAAGUAUGCUGCAUAAUUAAAUCAUUAACAAACCCUCUACCAACUUACAUUACAAAUAUCCUAAAAAAUAAUUUUUAGAUAGCUGGUCAGUUUGAUAUUUAUAAUUUCUCUGCUCCUUCUAUUUCCUUUCAUUCUCAACAUCUUUUAAGCUUUUUUUUUCUUCCAUUUUACUUCUCCACUCCUAUUUCUUCUUCCCUCCCCUUGUUUCUUUCUCUCUAUCCAUUUUAUUCUCCUCCUCUUGCUGAUUGUUUCCAGCUCUUCCCCCAUCAACUAAAUCUCUUUCUUGUGUUUUUUGCUAAACUACUUUUCCUUUUCUUUUUCCCUAUAUUUUCCACACGCUCCAUUGGACUCAAUCUCUGUCUGUCAAGUCCUUUUGUAUAUUUUCAAAAAUGUUUGUCACCAUGUCUGUGUGAUUGUCUGUAUGUAUGCAUGUGAGAGGAAUGCUCUGUGAAAAUAACACUGCUCUCCCUCUAUCCACAAAUUGAAACUAUGCAACUUUCUUCUGUCUCUCAAAUUAGUAAUUCACUAAACAAGCUCCUUGUAAAUUGGCAUUAAAGGUCUGUGAAUUUGUUUGCAUGUAAUGUGUACAUGUGGUGUGUAGCUGCCUAUGAAUAAAAUAUAAUCACAUACCUAAGCGCCCCCACAGAAUCCUGUGGAGUGAAUCUCUUGAUGUUUGAAACUAAAGGGAACAGGAAAAUAAAAAUAUUGAAAAAAAAACAAUAAUAUAAGAAUUUCAAAGAAUAAAACAAAAACUAUUGUCUUUUUGUUCA